AUGUUUGACAACCUCAAUGUUUAUGAUUUCAAAGCUGUCCACUCAGCUGACGAGAGGCAACAUUUGUCCCUUAUUGUGCAAAAGGGAAAUGAGCCGUUUCGGGGCCGUGCCAUCAUAAUGAACAGUGGAUUUGAAAUUGUAUCUGAGAUUAAUGGCCCUGAGGAACUCGGAGGAUUUGAUAUCCACGAAUUUACAGUCUUGCCAAGCGGCAAGACUGCCUUGGUAUGUCUACAUUGGCCCAAAGAAAUGGACCUUGGGUAUCUCGGGCGACCCGAUGAAAAGUCGUUCUUCGUCACAACUGGCUUCCUAGACUUUGAUCUGGUCACUGGUGAAUCAACAACCCGGUGGGACUCAUCUGAACCGGGACAUGUGGCACUCCAUGAGUCUGCGAUAUUACCGAAAGACCUCGCUCCGGAAGAAUCUCCAGGUCACGAUUAUGCGCAUCUCAAUUCAAUUGAUAAAAAUUCUGACGGUCACUAUUUAAUUUCCAUGCGUUACACAGACACCAUAUAUCUGAUUUCAGGCAUCGAUGGGGCAAUAAUUUGGCGACUAGGCGGAAAAGAGAGCGAUUUUGAUCAAGACUUUACUUUUUCAAGACAGCAUGACGCCAAGUUUCUAGAGUCAAAUGGAACCCAUCAUGUCAUCUCAUUUUUGAAUAAUGCUUCAGACGACCAGGAACAUAUGGAACGCGUAUCUUCAGCUUUAAUCGUCGCUCUCGAUACCACCACCUCUCCCAAAACAGCCCGAAUCACUCGUCGUUAUGGCCGUCCAGAUGGUGAUCUCAGUCGACUUCGUGGCAAUGUUCAAAUCCUUCCGGGUGGAAAUGCAUUUGUAUGCUGGAGCGACAGUGGUUACAUUUCCGAGUUUUCAGAGGAUGGCGAUAACCUACUUGAAGCCAAGUUCCUCACUUCUCAAUUCUACAACUAUCGGGCGUACAAGUUCGAGUUUACUGGUCGACCCAGCGAGCCACCAGCUCUCGUAGCCUCAACAACAAAAUCCGACAACGAUGGCUUGAAAACACCCAUCUAUGUUAGUUGGAAUGGUGCAACCGAUAUUGCCUAUUGGCAAUUCUAUUCCCAGAAAAGCGAGGACCAAUCGCCAUCUCUCAUUGGAAGGGUCGAUAAAACGAAUUUUGAGACUGUCUGUAUUGCUGAUGGCCAUGUUCAAUGGGUUUUCGCCGAAGCGUUCGAUAGCGCUGGAGAAAUCCUUGGCCGGUCUGAAGUCUAUCAUACAGCAAAGACUUCGCAAUGGGGCUCGUGGACCCUGUCGUCGGUUUCUUGGCAUUUGACUCUUUGGGGAGCUUGCUUAGGCCUGUUUUAUUGGCUAAUGAUUCGACUGCGUCCUGGGAUCUACAACUAUAUCUCUCACCGUCUCUCGCCGCGGCAUGCAGAAGGAACCGAGCUUUUCUGA